AGAUGACACCACUAUCGGUAUCUACAAUUGCCGGUUUAUUUACAUUCUGAUUGUAAAGCAUAUGUUCUGAAAAACAAAAUUUUCCAUGAUUUACAAUACAGCAAGUGCACAAAUAGUCUUCUAAUUUAGUUAUAAUGUGUGCAAACAGCCAACGCAACCCCGCUGCAGGAACAACUAGCGACUGCUGGCCGUGCUAUGAGGGUCGUCUAAGUUUGUAUUGUUUUGUGAUUACAGCGACCCUUGUUCUAAUCCCAUCAGUGCCACAGAUCUACUAUGGCAUUGUGCCGAACGUGUGGGGUGCCGUCCUUUGGGGACCGGUCCUUUAUUACGCACUGAUCAACAUGAUCAUUCGAUUUGUGCUCAGAAAUAGUGACUACCAGGUGGCGAUACGGGCGUCGUUUCUGGGGUUUGUCGAGGCCGUGAGCGUAUUAGUAAUUUGCUUUGCUCCUACGUCUUGGCAACAGUUUGGCGUCUACGGAUGCUUUAUGGCAUUCUUUCAUUAUUCAGAGUUCCUGGUCAUAGCCUACGCUAAUCCGCGCACGCUGACCCUAGACUCGUUUAUGCUUAAUCAUUCGGUACACUAUGGCCUGGCUGCGGCAGCCAGCUGGAUUGAGUUUUCCCUGGAAGUGUACUUCCUGCCCGAUUUUAAACGCUACGGCUACAUUUGGGUGCUAGGCAUGGCCCUGUGCACCUUUGGCGAGCUGAUCCGGAAGUCGGCCAUCAUCACAGCCGGACGAAGCUUUACGCACUUGGUGCAAAAUGAGAAACACUCAGACCACAAGCUCAUUACGCACGGCAUUUACGCAUACUGCCGGCAUCCUUCCUAUGUUGGCUGGUUCUGGUGGUCCAUCGGUACACAGCUCAUACUGAUCAAUCCCAUUUGCAUCUGCGUCUACACGUUUGUCAGCUGGCUCUUCUUCCACGAUCGCAUCUACGUCGAGGAGUACUCCCUGCUCAACUUCUUCCAGUCGGACUAUGUGCGCUAUCAGAAGCGAGUACCCACGGGCCUGCCCUUCAUAAAAGGCUAUCUGAUUGAGUAGCGCCGUUGUAGAGUAGAGGUCAGCCACACAAAUUCACAAAAAAUCACGAAACUACACAAAGUUAUAUUUUAGAUUAAAGUAAAGUAUCAUCUUUUGUACAGCCGAAAAAACCAGCACAUUUUCGAUAAUAAGUUUACUGAUAUUUUAACUAAUCCUAAA